AACUCCAGUAAUUAAUUGUGUGUCGGGCCGAGAGAGGAAGGGAAGCCGAGAGCUAGGUAACAGAGAGAUCAGGAGGUGAGGGAUCUCUGCGACAGGGAGGCAUGGAGGCAGAGGAAGGGUGCUGGGGCAGAGACUGGCAGCUCAGUGCCCCCUCCCUUGGGCACCCCCGUCCUCUGUCUGCCUCUGGGCUUGCUCGUGAUCAGGGGGCCCAGGAAAACGCCUCUGCACCAAACAGAACGUCCUCACCUGUCCAUACCGGGAAAUACCAGGCAUGACAGGGUCUGGCCCCAGGCCUGAGAGGCUAGGGCAGCGGAGGCCCCAGCGACCCACCUGCCUGGGAGAACCUCCCUGUGGACAGAGGCCAGGAAUGCAGAGGAGAAGGCAGGUCCGGAUACUCACUGGGCCAGCGCUGACUCACCUGGGCACGCUAAGACUGGCCAGCUCUGCCCAUCACUCCACCCUACCGUGAGCUGAGUGCAAGGCAGCCUGGGUAGAGAGGAGGCCGGGCCCUGCCGGGAACUUGCUGUGUGCCCUCGGGUGAGUCACGCAGCCUCUCCGAACCUCUUAGCUUAGGUGAGCCUGCCGGGGCUGACGUGCCGUACAGACAUGUCUCUGGGUCCUGCUUGACCUCGGUCCCCCAUGUGACUGUUUGAGUGGUCUCUCACUAAGGAGCCAGCUGGACGGAGAGGGUAAGGAGGCCAGACCCUUGACCGGAGCACAGUGGGUUGGGAGUGGGACUGGGGUUUGAGGGAUGGAGGAGGCCUUCUGCUGGGUCCCCGUCAUGCUCAGCGUCCCCUCCUCUCUGCCUCCUGUCCCACCCUGACCACACAAGCUCACGCACCCCCAGGCCUGGUCCCACUCCUACCCUUAUUCUCAUCACCUCCAGAAUGAAGCCCCAAACUCCCCAGCCUGGGAGCAGGUCUCAUCCGCAGCCUUCCUCCUCCCACGGCUCACCAGCCCCACUUGACCUCUGACCUUCCCUCUGGACAGAGUGACACAGUUUUCUAGAGCCUGAGGUCUCUUUGGGCCCACAGACCUGGAAGGGCCCCAGCUGGAGUCGGUCCGUUCAUUCCAUGGGGGGGAGGGGGAUCUGCUCUGGGAGGAGCUGGAGGCUGAGCACCAGGUCCCCCCCCCCCCCCCGCCGCAGCACCCCUGAACCUGCACCGAGCUGUGCCUCACCUGACCCGGGCUACCUGUGCCCGCAGCCAGAGCAGGGACAGGACGUGGGGCCAGCAGUGGGGGCAGGGCGCUGCUUCCCCUUCCUGCCUCUCCCUCCUGAAGCAUCAGCAGGAAAGGUGGGGCAGGAAUGUCUGGGCCGCCUUUGUCCAGAGUUCCGAGGUGCUCUCCCCACUGUGCCUUGGGAGCCAGUUUUCUGCCAGCUGUGGGCACUGCCAGGAGCCUGCCAUGCCCCUUGGGGCUUCCCACACAGAUGGGCCAUGACUGGCUGCCCCCUACCCACCUCCUCCAGGCCAGAUAACUCCAGAGCCUCUGGAUGUCAGAGCCGGGGUGAGGGGUGAUUGAGAAGGGCUUGUGCUAAAAGACCCUCUUGGUCCAUCUUGAACACCCUGGACGCUCCGCUGCCGGGGGAAGGGACAGGCCUGGGGGAGGCUGCAUCCCCGGCAGAGCCCGUCUGCCCUGAGGGCCGCUCACUCUGGACCGGACACCCAAGGCUCAAGCCUGCCUGCUCUCGUUCAGCCCAUCUUGUGUCUGGAGUCAAACCCGUCCACAGGCUCAGUUGGUUUGGGGCCGUGGAGGCCACUCACUUAGGGUGACCUCACUCUGUCCUCUCCCUUCCUCUGCAUCUGAUAUCGAGCAACCUCUCCCCUAGAGGUUCCAGGACUGGGGGAAAUAUGGGCUCUAUAGAGGAAGUGGUAGGUUCCUGCUGUCUUAGGGUUUAAGAAGGCAAUAGCUAUAAUCAAAUUAUUUAGCAAUUGUAUUAACUUUGAAAAUCCUUUUGUUAGGAUUUGCUGUAUCAUACACACCAUCAUAAUAAUGUAUGUCCUUUGACAUUAUUUAUAUAUAGCUGUGUCUUAUAAAGUAACUGGUUGCUUCUGUUCUCCCUGGUCUAAGCUUUUAGGGGAGUCAAAAUUUCAAAGAACAAGUCAUUAUUAGGAAUGUAUUCACAAUAUGAGACCACUGUUAAAAUUCAGUUUGAUUACACGUUUGAAGUCUUAAGUGCUUAGAUUGAAGGAACAUAUACUCAGCCUAUGGUCUGUGCAUUAAAAGGUUUGAGACAUUCAAUCAGUUUUUCCCCCUCUCAUAUUUAGUCAUUAAUGAGACUACAGGUUAAUAGGAGUGUACAUCAACACCAUUCCCACCGCCAAAGGACUGUGUCCUGAUCCUCCCCCCCCCCCCAGUGAAGCUGAACAUCUAUUCUUACCCUCCACCCAGAGAUUUUUACUUUGGUGCCCUAUUGAUUUAUUUUUUAAUGAAAGAUAGAUAGGCCAGAGCACUGCUCAGCUCUGGCUUAUGGUGGUACUGGGGAUUGAACCUGAGACCUCAGAGCCUCAGGCAUGAGAGUCUUUGCAGAACCAUUACGCUGUCUCCCCAGCCCUGUGUGUGUAUCUGUCUCUACCUGAGCUCCAUCCACAGCCCCUGAGGCCGGCAGCCCAGCCAUGUGCACCCCUGAGGAGAGAGCCCUGCUGCAGCUGGAGGAAGUCUUCUCAGCCACCCUGGCCCGUGUCAACAGCCUCGUCCUCCAGCCCCUGCUCGCUGCUGCCACAGAGCCCUCGGACGCCAAGGACCGAGAGUGCCUGCAGCUCCUGCAGCAGCUGCACCAGAGCACCCAGCAGCUGUGGGAGACGGUGGAGGAGAGCCUGUGCUCUCUGCGGCAGAGGCUGCACAGCCCGGAGAGCGUCGGCCUGGACGCCCUGCUGCUGCUGCGCAGGCCCGACCAUGUCCUGCAGGCCCACAAGGAGUACAUCGAGGCCUAUGCGAACUGUGUGGUGGCACAGGCCUUUCAGAAGGCAGCCAAGAAGCAGAGCCAGUACUGGCGGGGCCGGCGGAAGGCACUGCGGCAGCUCCUGUCUGGCGGGGGUGCGGAGGGCCCGGUGGGCACAGUGCUGCUUCAGGCCCUCCGCCAGCCCCUCACCCACCACGUGCAGCAGUACGUGCUACUCCUGCUGCGUCUCCAGGACACCAUCCAGGAGGACCACCCCACCCGGGAGCUGGUGGUGCGCGCGGCCGUGGUGUUCGGAAACCUGCAGUCUUUCGCCGGGCAGGAGCUGGACCAGGCUGUGGCCACGCAGGCCCUCUGGCCUACUCUGAGCACUCGGCCAAGGGAUGUGCUGUACAGUCCCGCUCGCCGCCUCCUGCUAGACAGCCUGGACGUCCCCGUGUCGGUCACGCCCCUGAGGGCUGAGCGUGUGCUGCUCCUUGAGGAUGCGCUUGCCUUGGUGCAGGGUAGUAGCGUGCACACCUUUGACCUGAAGCUGGUGUGGCUGGAUCCUGGGCCAGACCGGCGUGAGCUUCAUCUUCUCACGCCCGAGGAAGAGUUCUCCUUCCGUGCCAAGGACCCCCAGGGACAGGUGGUCUGGCAAUGGAAGCUGACCCAGGCUGUAUGCCAAGCCUUGCGUGGGAAGAAGGACUUCCCGGUGCUGGGGGCAGGUGUGGACCCCUCGGAGGCCCCAGCCUGCCGCUGCACGGCGUACACCUUCUGUGCCGAGGGCCGGCUCUUCCAGGCAACUUAUGAGGGCGAAUGGUGCCGGGCCAAGCCCCACGGCAAGGGAACCCUGAGGUGGCCAGACGGGAGGAAUCAUGUGGGGGAUUUCUACCAGGGCCUGGAGCACGGUUUUGGAAUCCGCCUGGUGCCCCAGGCCUGCGAGGACAAGUUUGACUGUUUCAAAUGCCACUGGAAGGAAGGCAGCAUGUGCGGCUACGGCAUCUGUGAGUAUGGCACCGACGAGGUGUACAAGGGCUACUUCCGAGAGGGCCUGCGGCAUGGAUUCGGGGUUCUCGAGAGCACCCCUCAAGCCCCCCAGCCCUGCAAGUACACGGGCCACUGGGAGAGGGGCCAGAAGAGUGGGCACGGUAUUGAGGAGGACAGCAGCAGGGGCGAACGCUAUAUUGGCAUGUGGCAGGCUGACCAGCGCCAUGGCCCUGGGAUCAUGGUCACCCAGGCUGGUGUCUGCUACCAGGGGACCUUCCAGGCGGACAAGAUAGUGGGCCCCGGCACCCUGCUCUCUGAAGACGACUCUUUGUAUGAGGGUACCUUCUCCAGGGACCUAACUCUCCUGGGGAAGGGCAAGGUCACCUUCCCCAAUGGCUUCACCCUGGAGGGCUCCUUCGGCGGUGGGUCCGGGAAAGGACUGCACACCCAGGGAGUGCUGGACACAGCCGCCCUCCCCCCGCACCCCAGCAGCACCAGCAAGAGGCAGCUGGGCCUGGGCGCCUUCCCCGUGGAGAGCCGCUGGCAAGGUGUGUACAGCCCGUUCAGGGACUUUGUGAGAGCCGGCUGCCCCGGGGAGCUGCGGGAGGCCCUGCUGGGCUUCCACACACAGAGCUCCAGGGAGCUGCGCAAGUCACAGGAGUACCUGUGCUGCGACAGGAGCUGCCCAGAGGACGGUGCGGGCAGCAUGGAGGCCGUCCUGGAGGAGCUGCUGCAGCCCCGAGAGCCCGCGGCCCUGCGGCAGAGCCUCAAGAAGGCUCUGAGCAGCUCGCUGCACCCCUUGGGGAAGCUGCUCCGGACGGUGAUGCUGACGUUCCAGGCUGCCUAUGCUGGAUUCGGGGCCAACAAGCAUCUGCAGCAGCUGGCCCAGGAGGAGGUGAGGCAGCACGCCAGGGACCUCUGGGCCGCCUACAGAGACCUGCAGGUGUACAGCCUCAUGCUGCCUCUUGUGCUGCCCAGCUUCUACUCAGAGCUCUUCACCCUCUACCUGCUUCUUCACGAGAGGGAGGACAACCUCUACGGCCAGGGCAUCACCAACCUGAGCCUCUUCCCCGACACCAAGCUGCUUGAGUUCCUCGAUGUGCAGAAGCACCUGUGGCCCCUCAAGGACCUCACUCUGACCACCAACCAGAGACGCUCCCUGGUCCAGGACGAGUGCUUCCUGUCAGCCACUGAGUGUUUGCAGAAGAUCAUGAUGACGGUGGACCCUCAGGAGAAGCUGGAGGUGCUGGAGAGGACGCACGCAGAGAUCCAGGCCACAGUGUCCCGGGUGCUGGGCCGGGAGCAGCAGCUGCCCAUGGACGACCUGCUGCCCCUGCUCAUCUUUGUGGUGUCCCGCGCCAGAAUCCAGCACCUGGGAGCCGAGAUCCACCUGAUCCGAGACAUGAUGGACCCCAUGCACGUGGGGGGCCGCUAUGACUUCCUGCUGACGGCCCUGGAGUCCUGUUUCGAGCACAUCCAGACCGACGACAUGAGGCUGCCCCCGCUGCCCAGCCACGUGGACGGCGGGGAUCUCCGCUAGCACCGUCAGAGAACAGACUUCCUGCAGCAGAGCGCCGGGUCAGAGUGGCGGCCUCCUGCCACCUGGCCAGUCUCAGAUGACCCCCUUGCCCCACAGCAGCUCAGACUGGGCAGGGGGCUAGGAGCCCCUGGCUUCUGCACGUGACUGGCCCUGUCCGGGGCUCUGUGCUUACGUCUUGUCACGCGGUGGACCAUGUUGCCUGAACUGGACCAUCCUUCCGUCUCACUGGCCUCUGGGGUUUUCCUGGAAGCCUGGCUUUACACUGUCAUGGUGUCGCUAAAAUCCUCAUGAUGGGCUGCA